AUGAGAUCCACGAGCCACUUGCCGGUGGUGGUGGUGGCGCUCCUCCUCCUCCUCCGGCCAUCCGCCGCCAGUGGCCUCGGCAGCCUCUUCCCGGAGAUCGAGAUUACCCUCGCGAACGAUGGCCUCUACCCUGUUUGGUUCAUGUGCCAAAUGACGGACCACGCAGAUUCACUAUACGAGCUCUCCCCAAACUCCACAUACCGAUUCGAUUUCGAGCAGGUCGCAUUUCCCAUGCGGUGGUGCUACCUUUACAUAAGCCAAACGAGCCACGGGUUUUUCUGGGCUUUUACGGUUAGGUCGAGAUGCACAAAGUGCUUCUGGAGCAUUAACCGACACCCGUCUCUUUAUAGGGCUGAUAAGGGCCGGUGGGAAAGGCAGAAGCUUUUUAUGCCGCCCGAUUUUAACAUCACACGAUAUGUCAAAAGCGGCAAUAAGGACGAUUCGGAUUCGGAUGGGUCUGAUAGCUGA